UUUUGUUUCAUAGGCUCACAAAUUUGGUAUUAUAAGAUCUGGUGUUAUGCAGAAGAGCAGGGACAAGGUAAAAAGUGAAGUGAAUAGUAACAGUGGAAGAAACAAAUGUUCUUAUCAUCCACUGAUCAAAGCCCUUCAAACAAUCCAUCUUCUUCUUCUAGUUUCUUACAUCUGACCAACUCUAGUGAUGAGUUAGGUCAAUCACAUCUUUCAAGUUUCUCCAUCAGAGAUUAUGCAUUUAGUUACCGAACCAAGAACAUCAAGAAAAAUUGGCCUUUCUCCUCAACAAGUUUGCAACUUUGUUUGAGACAUGGAUUGAGUGAUCCAUUGCCACCGAUUCAGCCUCUUGGCCGUCCUCUUCAAGUGGAGAAGCUAAACAUAACUUAUGUCGAAGCUAUAAGUAACAAGAGAAAGGCAGAGAAUCUUAGCGUCAACCAGACAUUAGUGGAGACUAAUAAACAAGGCUUUGAGAAUGGUUUGUUGGCUAGUGGUUCGAAAUCCAAAAUACAAGUAGCUAUGGCUAACAAGAAUCCUAGAAAAAAGUGUGGGUUGGUAGUGAAACCUGGAGCCUGUAUGGACAGUGGAUCAAAAGAAGAUCAUAGUUGCCUCUUUUCAGCUUCUGAAUCUAUGGCUUUGAGAACUUGUCCCAUCUGCAAAACCUUCUCGUCUGCUUCUAACACCACUUUAAAUGCGCACAUCGAUCAGUGUCUCUCAGUUGACUCGGAGCAGCAGCCAAUGACUAAGCCAAAUAGGCCUAGGACUAAGCCACGGUUGAAAGUCAAAACGAUGAUUGAUAUAUAUGCUUCUGCGAAAGCAGGCACAUUAGAAGAUCUUGAUAAAAGAAAUGGAACAAACUGGGUUAUGAUUUCGAGCUUCUCUAACGGGGUUGUCUCUGAUAGUAAGCCUGAAGUGUCCAACAAAGGAAAGAAGCGGAGUGUGGUGCGUGUUCGCAUUGACGAAGAGGCUGCUGGCAUUGGACCUGUUUACAUUGAUGCUAAGGGCCAAAAACUGCGGAUUUUAUCUGAGUUUAGCGAGAAGACUUCUGAUCCAUCAAUAGAGCAUGAAGAUGGUAGUGAGAAGAAAUCUUCUAGUGAAAGUAAAGGGAACAAAAGCUUUAGGAAAAAACUCAAGGGAAAGAACUAUUACAAGUAUCCUAAACCAGUUCGCCAAAGUAGAAAACUCACUGUUCGUAAAGGAAAUGCUUUAGAGAUAUCGGAUUAUGGAAGAGGAUACUCUGACGAAGGUAAAGACUUUGAGAGGUUAGAAACUUCAGGUCCUAGUCAGCGUAGAAUUUUCAACCAGCGGAUGCUAACCAAACGUCGUCUUACAAGACAUGGAAAUAAGAUUGGGACUAAAAUUUGUGAUCAGCCUGAGAAUGGGGAUUCAUUGUCAGAAGAUCAUCUUGUGCUAAGAGGUCCAAGUAAUGUGAAUACUGAUUUGUCCGAGACAGUUUCUUCUCCUUUAAACAGUCAAGGCUCAUGGAGAAUUUGUGGGGAGAAACAAGUCUCUGGAAAGAGCUUAUCUUUUUCUAGGAACAAAAGCAUUGAAAGCGAUUCAUUUGUUGCAAGUCCAGUGAGAUGUUCAACACCUGUGGAUAAGGAGUUUUCAUCCAAGGCAAAAGGCAUCAUGAAGUUCAAGAAGGCUAGAUUGGGUUUCUCAGAGAAUGAAGAUGAAGAUACAGGGAAAUGGGAGUCUGAAAUGACUCAAGAAUGUGAUCUGACAGAUUAUGAUGAUUGGGAUGAUGAUGGGGAACCUGAUAAGGUCGUACUAAGCUCAAAUCCUUCAUUUAGUGGGGAAGACAAUGAUUAUGAAAGUGAUGAAGAGACUGGUAAUAACAAAGGAGAUGAUGAUAUGCUGCACAAUUCUAAUGAUGCAGAUGUUGAGUUUGAAAACAUGAUUUAUGAAAAAACUGGCUGCGAAACUGCGGAACAAGAAAGCUCGUUCAUGGAGGUUGAUCCCAUUCCUAUUCCUGGACCUCCAGGAUCAUUUUUACCAAGUCCUUGGGACAUGGCAACUGAUGCAAUUGAACAUCAUGGAAACUCUUCAGUUAUCACAAGCCAAGUCCACUCUUCACAAGAUCAGCUUGAUCUCACUGACAGAAACUCAUCAGAAUCACCUGUUUCAGCAAUUUCAAACUUUGCAGCUCCUGAAACACAGAUUCAUAAUAUCAUUACCAUUGACAAGAGACCUUCCCGAUUCAGAGACAAUGAUCAAUCAUGUUGUUGCCAAAGACAGGUUGAAGAGACAGCAUUUGGCCAACCACCACCACCACCACACAUGACCCAACAAGAUUUGGAUUUCUUGAGUAAGCCUGUUCCGGUGAUUCCUUCAAAUCCCAAUCCAGUGUUGCGGCUAAUGGGAAAGGAUUUGAUGGUUAUUAACCAAAGAGAAGAAGAACCAUCACACAACAGUCCAAAACCAACCUCUCAGUUUCAAGAUCUCUCUAAGACACAACAAGUGUCUUCUUCCGUUCUUCAUCGUCCUUAUGGUGGAAACGGUUCAUACUUCGACACCAACACAAGCUUCUACAACAUUUGAUUGAAGAACCUGAUCAAGAACUCUACCUUUCUCCAAAGAAAGUAUUAUUCCAUGGCAUUUCAGAUCAAAGUCCAGGCAAUUUAUCCUUAAGCUUGAGAGAUAUUGAGAAGCUAGUAGUCUCUCCUCAUCAUUGAACCUCAAGAUCUCAUGUGAGGUUGAGAAUCUCAAAGAAGCUGCUUUAGGAGAAAUGGUGAGAUAUAGAUUAGAUUCUCAUUGAUCUCAUAGGAUAUGAGAGAACUUCCACUAAGGUAUUGGACCCCCACUUUUGUUUCAAAGGGAAAGAUUAAAAGUAUGAAAGUUAUUAUAAUGUUAUGAAAACGAAUUCUAAAUAAAUAAAUAUGAUAUGAGCUGAGUUAACAUCA